AUUAUCCGGUCGAAAAGUCGUGUAUUUUCAUUGGUCGAGCUCGGAAGUGUCUUACGAGUGAAGGAAGAAAUAGCUCUUCGUAUAGUAAAUAAUAAACAUUUUUUGUUUAAUUUUACUCGUAAAGACUAGUCGUUAAUCUCGUGCGUCAGUGCGGGGCGACGGUUUGCUUCCUCGCGGAGCAGUGUAGUUCAACGGAUUAAAAGCGUCGUCCAUCGUUUUCCCAUAUUGUAACACGCAAUAAGGUUCAAACGAAUAGGAAAGAAGCGAACACCCAUCAAUCUCAAACCAGGAUCUUUAAUUUGCUGAGUCUGUGUGUCUUGAGAGACAUAGUAAACAGUUCCGCAGGUAUUUCAUUGUGGCAGACGCGUUCUGUCGUCUGCCAGGACGUUUUCCUACCGUAAGCAUCAGCGAAGAACGCCUAGACACACAAGACAUACAUAAUGUCGUCACCGAGCGCUGGUAAGCGUCGUAUGGACACGGACGUUAUCAAGCUAAUCGAGAGCAAACACGAGGUGACGAUACUAGGAGGAUUAAACGAAUUUUGCGUUAAGUUUUUUGGCCCACGGGGGACACCGUACGAGGGCGGUGUUUGGAAAGUGCGCGUACACCUACCGGAGCACUAUCCGUUCAAAUCACCCAGUAUUGGGUUCAUCAACAAAAUUUACCAUCCGAAUAUAGACGAGGUGUCGGGCACAGUGUGCCUAGACGUAAUCAACCAGGCAUGGACGGCGCUGUACGAUCUGUCCAAUAUCUUCGAAUCGUUCCUGCCACAGUUGCUCACUUAUCCGAACCCAGUGGAUCCGCUAAACGGUGACGCAGCCGCGAUGUACCUUCACAAGCCGGAGGAAUAUCGGAAAAAAGUAGCCGAUUACGUGCGGCGGUACGCGACUGAGGAGGCUCUGCGGGAACAGGAACCAACUGAGAGCUCCGACAGUGAGAGCAGUAUGUCGGACUUCAGUGAGGAUGAGGCGCAAGACAUGGAAUUAUAACAACGGCUAACAUUACUUCCAUACAGCGAGCAGCAGCAACAACAUACGCAUGCUCUCGAAACUAACGUCGCUGGUACUAGCCAUAUUAAGGGUGAUGGUAGUUGUGGUGUUAGUGCUCUUGCGUUGUGGGACGCCAUGGCCACGUUUAGCUAUUGGUUUUAAAAUACGAUUUCUACGGCCGGCAAUGAGCUGGAUGUGGGCACAAAAGCAAAGUGAAGUAAAAGAGAACGAGCUGGAGAAUCUAACAAGUAUAGGAAGAAUAACGUACAUAUAAACUUUAUAUUUAGAGAAAUACGCGUGGUAGUAUAACUAAGUCGAACGCAAAAAGGCAGAAAUAGCAUUAUACGAUCCCAAUAGGAGCCUCCGCGCGAAAGGUCUGUUAGUCAGGAUUCCUGAGUGAAUAAAAUAGUUCCGAGUUCCGGAAUUAACAGUUUUUGAUUUAGUUGACCACUCUAUAAUACGAUUUGAACAGCCAUUUAAAGCAAUAGAAGUAGAUAACAGGCUGUCUGAAGCGCAUACUAACAGUUUAUAUAACAGUUAAUUUGUUUUGCAAAGUUAAUCGGAAAGAGUUUAAAAAUGCAAAGGAUAAAAGAGAAUGGGCGCUCAACACACACAUAUUCAGGUUUUCUAAUAUACUUUUUAUUUGUUGAAAAGGGAGUUAACCGAGAAGCUUUAUCGAGCUUUAUGGAACCGAUCACUUUUAGCUAUUUACUUUGAAUACUUAUAUGAUACUUUUAUUAUUAUGAAACAUAAAGUCGGUUGUCUACCAACACUGUCGCAUUUCACCUAACAAAGUCCGAGCGAUAGCUGUUUGGGGCUACAGGUUAAGUGCAAUUGAACCACUCCAGCUGCCCCGAACAACAUUGAUCGGAAUACAUGUAGGUAAGAUGCGGCAUUGCUAGUAGCAAACUGAUCUUAAUGAAAAACAUUCACGUCAUGUUUGAUGCUAUCGAUAUACAUCAAUUCAAUUAUUCACACUCGAAUUCGAUAAAAUUUUAUUGAAUACCAGGCUGCACACACUGGGAAUACUAUACAAAGUGUGGUUAGUAAGAGAAUUAUUAAGUCAUUUUAAGUUCAUUGUUCCCAUCAAUCGUGUCGUUUGUGGGCCCUGUUUUUUUUCGGUACAAAUGCAUCUGUUUACAUACUCUGUUUUAGAUUCUUCGUGGUAAUGUUCUUUUUUGAAAUCCCUAGUUUUUUAUUUGGUAAAGCUGUAGCAAUACGCGGUGAAGUGUGAUGAACUUUGCAGGUUAAACUAUAAAGGAAUCCAUAAAACAAUAAAAAAUUAAGAAUUAGUGGCUCAUCACCAAAAGUAGCGUGUACGAUGCACUUUUUCGUUCUUCUUAGACGUCUCACACAUGGCGUCAUAUAGAUGCCUCUUAGAUGACUCACAUGUCUGCAUCUGCGUCUUUCCUCUGUGAACGCAAACGAAGCAACGAUCUGCAAACUUUUUAUAGUGAUCAUCCAGUAAUGUGAAAUGCUUGAAAGCUUUUUUAUGUACGCUCAUGUAUUUUGCUAUGCGUCAGCGUCGCAUACCAUAGCAGAGUAUCCCUUUCAUCAUUGAAUCAAUAUCUACAAGCUCCCUGGUCACAAAUUUCUUUUGCUUUGGAAUAUUAGGUGUAUCGCUAACGUGUUGAGGUUGUCAUUAGUCACUAAUUGUUGUUAUCGUUUUGCUGCUUUGUUUAUUUGUUGUGCUCUAGUAAUCGUUUCCUGUAGACCAUUUUACCGUACAUAACUCACGCCAAAUACAAUGGCAAGGCAAAGAAAUACAUUUACAAGCGUAGUUAUAUAAGAAGAAAUGAUAACGAUGUGUGAAAUAUAAAAGGCUCGUUUUCAUUAAUAUAAUAGAACAUCUCAAAACUAUCAGUAAUACGAAUGGGAUUCAUCUGUAUUAUUGGUUGCGAAGGGUACGUACACCGCAACAUAUUCGACGGCGAUGACCGUUUCGGUACGCAACAAGACAUGCAGUGCAGAUUAGAUUAUGAACCGACAAGAAUUAUUAAAAAGGGCAAUAUGGUGCAAACAGAAAAUCGUAAUAAUGUAAAGAAAGAAACUACCUUCUAUGCAGUGUUUGUAAUUGAAUGAAUUCCAAUCAACUUUUGGAAAAGCAAAGAGAUGACAAAAAAUCACCAAACAAGAAAAACGUGAAAAUAAUAUGUCCUGUUUCGAGUUACAGAUAGCUUUGUAAA